CCAGGUUGUGUUUUAUAAUUUAAUUAUAAUUUCUUAUUUGAAAAGAGUUUACGUUGUGUCUCGAUUUGAUCUGGUGAAAGAAAAUCAUGUACGGCGGUUCAUUCCUAUGGACUGUGUUCAUUACGCUCAAUAUUUUCGUUCUUGUUUAUAAUGGUUGCGCCUACGCGGACGCCAGCACCGUCAGCCAAAGGAUUCUCAGCGGGGAUGAGCUGAAUUUAAAACACCUAAUUGGCUUGAGGAAAAAUCAGACUUCAUUCGACCACGCGAUAGUGAACGAAAUGUCUCCUACUGAUCAGAACCUUACCAGAGAGUGGCUCGUCUUUCAUCUGAACGAUUUAAAAUUCGAUCUCGCACAGAUGACUUCAAGUGCAAGCGAGACGGACAAAAAUUUAAUAAAGCAGUUGGACAGGGAUUACUGGCACUCUGUGCCGUUGAUAAAUGACACGGAUUCGGCUUUUACGAAGUACGAGUACAUCCUGACCAUCUUCGACCACCAGAUGGAACACAACGUGCACAGCCCAGCCGACCUGGAAACUCCAUACUGGAAGACGGUAGAGAAAUUUCUACUGGUAAGCCUGUUUGGAUAAUAAAUAAAUCCGUUUAAACAAAAUCUGAAGUA